UUGUAGCCGCUCCUCCAAUCCACAGCUGCCACAUCGUUUCCCUUCCGGGUCGAUGAGUUAGUGCACCGAAGCUCCGCCCCCUUUCUAGAUGACCGGCUUCCUUUUAACCCUGGGAAUGAAGUGUCAGGCCAAGCAGUCCAGGGUACUCUGUUCCUGUUACUUAGCGCCCUCGCAGGUCAGGAGGGAUAUUUACCACCAAAGAUCAUUCUAUUUCUGUCACAGGAAGCUAUUACAGUGCCUGAGAUAUUCACACGAGAAGGUCAGGCCCACUGAUACACUACUCCUGGGGUCCAGACGGACCCCAAACCUAAAACAAUCUGGGAAAUUCUACCUGGACUAGAAUUAUCCUUUGCAUAGUGGAACAGGAUGAGUGCCUGACAACUACCUAAAAGGAAACACAAAUCAAAUCACUAGAUCCACAUAAUAACUGAUACUAAAGCAGCGUGGGGUCCGAAUGGACCCCAGCUUACCUUUAAGAGGGUUAAACUGCAAUCCAGUGAUGGGCCGUGUUGUGAGGCGCGGUGGGGAGUGCUGUGGAGGCACAGAUGACUUAUUUAUAAUCCCCCUGGCUUGGAUCCUGUACAGUCACCUGGGAGCCAGUUAUGUUUAAGUACCAAACGUCUGGUGUCAUCCACUGCCUCAGUAACUGAAGGAUUGAGAUUAAUAUUGUCUUCCUGUCUUCGCAAAUGUCUUUUGUAUGUUUUCCUGCUCUGGCUGUAUUAAAAUGAAUGAACGAUACUGCACUGCAGGUCCCAGUUCACAGUUUCACUGCACAGCUCCGUGUUUUCUAAGGGACCAGCCUUUAGAAAAGCACAGUGUAAAGAAGCAUGGAAAAGCCCAGAGAGGUGCGAUAAAGCAUAUUAAAAACCAUGGCACACUACUGGAGACUAUGGGAAAAGCAAGGGGGAAACCUGCAAGAUGACUUUUAUAAGGGAGGUGAGCCAACUGCGUGUUCAAACGGGAGCAGGUAUAGAGUUACUAUACAGAAAUACUAAAAGAAACGUAAUCAAUUCAAUGGCAAACAUUUGCACUAGAAGCCUUUCUCAGUUCUUGGCAGUGUUUUUUGGUUGAAUUUCAGUUUAACGUUUCUUUCAGCAGUUCCUAAUUCAGCACCAUUUGCAUGAGUUACUAAAUUAAGUAUUGCUGCAGCCUGCAGACCCUCCUGCUCAAGCACUCGCAAGGGAGCAGAAAAGAGGGGGCUCAGGACUGGGACUCGGGAGCUGCUUCUACUGACAGCGUCCACACAGACACACCGCUGAUCAUCAAACUCACCCCCAUGCUAAUAACAGAGACUGAACAUUCAUGUAACCCAUGACACCAGAAGAGACGUGUGUCUGUCUCGCUGGAGGGGAAGUGAAAGUCUGAUGAAAGGGGUCGUCUGCCACUGGGACCUCAGCGCUGGUGUGUGGUCAGACUGACGCUGUCGUUUUCAGUCAGACGCGAGAAGAGGAAGGUGGGCUGGAGAGGGGGCAGGGGUCUGAACAAAUACUUUCUGAUCUCCAUCAACACUUACACUGGGGACUAAACAGAAGAAGAGACUGUCUCACUCCCUGCUCCCCUCCGUCCUGACCCACCAGCCCAGGUUUCACAAGAAUGCUUUGGCUAUUUCACCUUGCAGUUUUAAUUGUGUGUUGCAGGGCACAGCCCUCUGUUCACACCCAGCCCAAGGUCAAUGUGAUGGAGGGAUCAGCAGCGCUGCUCCCCUGCACCUUCACACUGGGACCAGGAGACAGGCUGCAGAGCAUCAAUGUGGACUGGGAGAACCCAAACAGCACGGUGAUUUUCUAUCACUAUCAUCACAACUUCAGCGUGUCGACCCAGAAAAGCGUGGUCUUCGUGGGGAACAUCUCCCAAAACAACGCCUCCAUUCUCCUGCGGGACGUCCGGUUGAUGGAUGAGGGGAACUACUUGUGCCUGGUCCGAGUUGGAAUGAAUUGGAUAAAGAAUGGCACUGAGCUCAGAGUCAGAGCUCGUGGCAGGAUGCUGGAGGUCCCUCUCAGCCCCCCUCCUCCUCCUCUCAGCCCCGCUCCUCCUCCUCUCAGCCCCGCUCCUCUCUGGCCCGCGGUGGCAGGGGGGCUGGUUUUGGUGACGGUGUUGGCACUCAGCCUGUGGAGGCUACAGCGAGCCCGACAGCAGCACACGACUCACCGAGAGGACCAGCGGAGCGUUGCUGUGGAGACGUGUCAGGACCCCAAAUUGGAAUCCCCAGGAAGAGACAAGGACACUGACUGCUACGUUACCCUCCCACGGAACCACCUGCCCAAAGACCCCCCCCCUCUCUCCUGCAGCGCCACUGAAGGCAUCUACCUCACCAUGCACACAGCGCAGUGUGUGGACGGACCACGCUCUGAGAGAGGCAGGAAGGGGAUCCCUGAGGAGUGGUGCGCCCUGGAAACACAUCCCCGAGAACAUGAACCGCAGCCUCCCAGUUCCACAGACAAAGCUCCCCUAGCCCAGCCACCCUGGGAGGACGUGUAGGGAGACGCACUUUCACAACAAACCUACCACAGCUGUGUAAAACCAGCAAAGAAACGACAAGGUCUGCAGGAACGAAACGGAGUGCUCUGACUAGUUGCAUGUAAAGCACUGUGAACAUCUCGCUAUCCCUGUGUGUAUAUAUAUAUAUAUAUAUAUUUAAACAUAAAUAUACAGUUUAACUUGA